AUGCCCGGACGCAUCCCGUCCAUCCACCAAUCGAGCCCGGCGGUCUGGCAUGUGACAUCACCGCCCGUCGAUGUCAUCGCUCUUGCAGAUCCGUUGCUGAACCUCGCCGUCCGCCUCCUCGGCCGUCGCCAACAUCUCGUCGCCCAUCACCUCUCCAAUUCCUCGCCCCGGGCAUGGCGUCGACGCUGUCCGUUCCCCGUCGUUACAUCUGAGCGCGCGCCCCGCGACACAAUGCCGGUCCCCUUUCUCGGGAGGCUGCACGCGUGCGUCGCGACCCCCUACGAGUACCUCGCGCUCGUGGGCUCCUUUGUCCUCGUCGGCCUCGAGGCCAUCAUCCGUGUCCUGACGCUGGCACUGCGUGCGUCUCCUUUCCUCGUCGAGCUCUUCUACCGCGCCUCGCGGCGCCUCUUCAACCGAUACUCGACCCCCGAGCAGAAAAAGGCCGAGAACAGAAAGAAGUGUAGGUCCACCAUAUCCACCUCGAUCCGUGACGCGACCGACUUUGUCGAGCUCUGCCGCAUCUGGGGCUACGAGGCCGAGGAACACAUCGUGCAGACCAAGGAUGGCUUCCUGCUCGGCAUCCACCGCCUGCAGUGGCGCAAGGGCGAGGAGGGCGCAAAGGUCAACUGCGGGCCGCGGAGCGUCAAGAAGCGCAUCGCCUACCUGCACCACGGCCUGCUGAUGAACUCGGAGGUCUGGGUGUGCCUGACGGACGAGCAGCGAUGCCUGCCCUUUGAGCUGCUCGAGCGCGGAUUCGACGUCUGGGUGCGUUUUGGCAACAAUCGCGGCAACAAGUACUCCAAAAAGUCGAUCCACUGCAGCCCGACCUCGGUCCAGUUCUGGGACUUUUCCAUGGACGAGUUCGCCUUCCACGACAUCCCCGACACCAUCGCCUACAUCCUCGACACGACGGGUCAGGAGAGCCUGUCGUACAUUGGCUUCUCGCAGGGCACGGCGCAGGCCUUUGCCACGCUGGCCAUCCACCCCAAGCUCAACAACCAGGUCAAUGUCUUCAUCGGCCUCGCCCCUGCCAUGGCGCCGGCCGGGCUCUCCAACGGCAUCGUCGACUCGCUCGUCAAGGCGUCCCCGUCAGUGUUGUACCUCAUGUUUGGUCGCCGCUCCAUCCUCAGCUCGGCGACCAUGUGGGAGACGCUCAUGUACCCGCCCAUCUUUAGCUGGCUCAUCGACAUGGGGCUAGCGUUCCUGUUCAAGUGGCGGACCGUCAAUAUUUCGGCCAGCCAGAAGCUGGCGGCGUACCCGCACCUGUACUCAUUCACGAGCACCAAGAGCGUGGUGCACUGGUUCCAGAUCAUUCGCAACAAGUGUUUCCAGAUGUACGACGACGACGUCCACCAGCCCAUGAGCGUCACCACGUCGAGCAAGUACUCCAAGGUCGCCAAGUACCCGACGCGGAACAUAAGAACGCCCGUCGUCUUGGUCUAUGGCGGCAGCGACUCUCUGGUCGACAUCAAGGCCAUGCUGCGAGAGCUGCCGCCGCAGACGGUCGCGACGGAGAUUCCCCACUACGAGCACCUCGACUUUCUGUGGGCGCGCGACGUGGACUCGCAGGUGUUCCAGCACGUCUUCGACGCCCUCGACAGCUUCACCGACGCCGAGCACACGGCCGAGGAGUACAACAGGUACUAUCUGGUGCGCAGCGAGAGCCUCAUCGGGUCGGGCUAUUCGGGCGUGAACCACCGCGGUAGCGAGAGCGAGGCGUCGACGAUUGCCGGCGACGGGCAGGCGCCUCACGAGAUUCACCAGCACCUCGCAACGGAGCCCCGCCGAGGCGACGGACCGUCAAUACCGGAGUCGGUGCAGAAGCCCGUCGAGGUGGACGGCGUACAGCCCCGCGACGCGGACGCGCAAUCGGGGGAGAAACUCAAGGGCGUGGGCGUGCGUCGGGGAGCCGCCGCCGCCCCGCGGAAUCCGGCUCUGGACAGCAUCAACGAGGCCAGAGGCGUGCAAAGGGAAAGAGACGCUGUGAAGAACGGCGACGCGACGUACGCGGCGGUGGCGACUGAAGGGCCGACCGCGAAGGAGGAGACGAAGAAGCAACAAUGA